UGCAGCGUGACACUGGCGCUGCUGAAGGGGCAGUCCACAACGAGGUUAGCAAGAAGCCCCAGAAAAGGAGGUUUAAGUUUGUGCGCAAGUUCCCAUGGAUAAAACGCAGCAAGCACAGUGAAGGAGAGCAGAGAGGAGGAUGAACAGAAGUCAGCUGACUGCAUGGACUCUGGGGACAGUAACGCUGUCACGAACAGCCAGAGUCCGUGCGUAGUCACUGUCGACUCUGAGUCACUGAUAUCAAGCACCUCCUCUACUCAGAGUAAUGUAGAGGAGCACCAGUCCCCUCCGGUGGUGACAGGAAACACCACGUCAGAUGGAGGACCUUCCAGCUUCCUGAAAAGGUCCCCCAAGAAGGACAGGGGUGAUGCUGCAGAGGGAGGACGCCAGCGGCUGGUCUGCCUCGGGCUACCAAACCUGGGGCAGACCUGUUUCAUGAACGCCACCCUGCAGUGCCUGUUUCAUCUACCGUCCUUCUGCCAGGACAUCACUAGGCAGAAGGAACACUGGGGGCUGGUCCCGUCUACAGACCUGAUGAGACAUUUCACUGAUCUUCUGACUACACCUGAGUCAAGGGUGAAGCAGAAGAAGCAACUAUUGAGGAAUUUGAUGGGCAGGUUUUCAGGCCAGUUCACUGAAGACGAGCAGAGUGACGCCCAUGAAUUCCUCACUUUUUUGAUUUCCCAGUUGAGUGACCUGGGAAUAUCAGUUCAGGCCAGGGAGAGUACGGCUACGUACCUCUGCCCAGUUGAGGCAAACCUGGCCUUUGAGAUGCUGUCGGAAGACCUGUACCAGGAUACGGAGGUCGAGUCCACAUGUGCCGCCUGCGGGGGGAGCCAGGCUGUGCUCUCGUGGGCAUUCGUCACACUGCUUCGAUUCAGUUUCACGCCACAAAAUCCGGUGAAGAAAGUGCAGGACCCAGUUCUCCUCUGUCGGGAGGUCACCUUGCUCCCCCACCUCAGCAUGGAGAUCUCCCAGCUGACGGUGACUCCCCAGACAGAGGAGGCACAUCUGUCAGCUGGAGGAAUAAAGCACGGGGAUCAUCGGGGUUCAGCCGUCAGGUUUAGCGACGGGAGAAUCGAGCCCCCAAAAACGCAGGACCAGACGGCGGACGUACCAGAAGACUCCCUGAGGAUGCUCGGCGGGGAUGGGGCAGCUCCUGUGGCGGAGGAGAGUGUUACACUCUGCAUGAGUGGAGUCACCGCCCCCUUCAGAGAGGAACAGAGACACAGCCUGCUGCUCAGGUUUAUCGGCUCGUCUCCGUUCUGAGCCACCUAGGCUCCAGCGCCACCUAUGGUAAGAUGCAUGUACGCUCACACAGACUCACUGCAAAGAAUCACAUGCGAGUGCUGUAAUGUCACCCACUACUGUCAUACACAUUUGUGUAGCAACAGUCAGGUAGGGAAAAUGCUUAUGAGAGUAGCUGCUCGAAAAUGUGUAUACUUAAGAUGCUAAAGUCAUGUGACCCAGAAGAAAUAUUAAAAAUAUAUAUAUAUAUAUAUACACUCACCUAAAGGAUUAUUAGGAACACCUGUUCAAUUUCUCAUUAAUGCAAUUAUCUAAUCAACCAAUCA